GAUUAGAAAGAGACAGCACGAGGCUGCAGUUGUACAAAAAUCGCCUCUUAUUUAUAUAUUUUUAUUUUCGCUAAAGAAGGCGCAGCGGGCGGUGGGCGGGGCAAGUAACCGCAGGCGGAACAAUCGACAGGCGGAAAAUUCAGCCCAGACUGCAAGAGUGCCAGAGUGCCAGAGCAAAGUGAGUAGGUGACCAGCAGCGAGAUGACGAGUCGCCAGCGAACUGUGAUUAUAUUCAAAUCGGAGUCGGAAAGCAGCGAUGUGUACGCGGAAACGCUGGAGAAGCACGAUUUCAAUCCGGUGUUUGUGCCCACGCUGAGUUUUGGCUUCAAGAAUCUGGAGGAGCUGCGCGCCAAGCUCCAGAAUCCGGACAAAUAUGCCGGCAUCAUUUUCACAUCGCCGCGCUGCGUGGAGGCUGUGGCUGAAUCCCUGAAUCUGGGCGAGCUGCCCGGCGGUUGGAAGAUGUUGCAUAACUAUGCCGUCGGCGAGGUGACCCACAAUCUGGCGCUGAGCACCUUGGACCAGCUAUUCACCCACGGCAAACAGACGGGCAAUGCCCGGGCACUGGGCGAAUAUAUUGUGGACACGUUCGAUGGAUCGCGGGCACUGCCGCUGCUACUGCCGUGCGGCAAUCUGGCCACCGAUACGCUGCUCUCCAAGCUGGCCGAGAAUGGCUUCUCUGUGGAUGCCUGCGAGGUGUACGAGACGCGCUGCCAUCCCGAAUUGGGCGCAAAUGUGGAGCGGGCACUGGAGAUCUAUGGCGACUCGAUCGAAUUCCUUGCCUUCUUCUCGCCAUCGGGCGUCAAUUGUGCGCAGCAGUACUUCACCAGCCGCCAGCUGUCGAUGGACAAGUGGAAACUGGUGGCCAUCGGCCCGAGCACCAGGCGUGCCCUCGAAUCGCUGGGCCUGAAGGUCUACUGCACCGCCGAGCGGCCGACGGUGGAGCACCUGGUCAAGGUGCUGCUCAAUCCGCAGGACAGCCGGGAGCGACUACUCAAGGAGCGCGAGCGGAUGGCCGCCCUCGAGAAUAACAUUUAAGAUGCGUAAUCCUAAGAUUCGUUAAGCAGUUUCGCAGCUCCAUCGCAGUGCUCCACACAGCUGACGAAAUCCCCUCGCGUUAUCCCCACACAUCUAGCAGCUCGUUUACUCGUUUACCCAGGCUUAAUCAUCAGAUCCAUCAUCUUUACGAGUACAAAUCCAAAUGGAGAUCGUAUAGCCUGAACCUUGUAGUUAACCCUAAAGUAACUAUGAUCUAACAAACUGUAAUUUCGUUUUAUACCUAUCGACGAAUCGGUAAUGCUUAAAGUAACAUGUCCCAUUUAAAUUUGUAACAACAUAUUGUGAAAAUUCAGGGCUUUGGUUGUGAAAAUUGAAAGCGUAAUCGUUAUAAUUUCGAAUUACUGUCCAAGUGUUUCUCACUCGAUUAGAAAUCCAAGGAUAGGCAAUUAGUUUCCUGAUCGAAACGUAAAAAAAGACUAGAACUCAUGGUUUGUUUUUUCGAUUGACCUCCGAGCGAGUACAAAAUUAGCGGGCAUGAAAUGCCGACGUCUUUAUUUUCUGUUUACUAUUGGAUUAAGCUGAAUAAAUUGUUUCUUUUCUAAAUUUA